AAAGUUCAGCAUCCAGCAUAGAAUCCAUCCUGUCAGCAGGUUUCUAAUCUUUAAAGCUAGCACCUGUUAGCUUAAGCGUCCAUAAAUGUAGCUGUCCAAAGAACUAAAGAAGAAGAAAUCUUUACCCACAUAGCCAGAACUAAACAUAUGGAGCCCCCUAGAAAUUAAACUCCCUACCCUGAAUGGAAUUUAGAAACAAUGAAGUGACUAGACCCACAGGAACAGCAGGUACCAUCAUGAACAUAGCCAGUGCAUCUUAAAAUACAAAGACCCUUAACAGACACCUAAAAUAUAAUAGACAGCAGAUCUUAUCAAAUGCAUCUCCAGCACCAUAUGGAAUUAAAAAACCACACAUUGCAAUUCCUCCUUAGGGAGGUAAAAAAAAUGUAUUUUUCUGCUACAAUAUCAGAUUCCAAACUACAGGUCUACUAGUACAAAUUACGAUGAAGCACUUCAAUCUGAUCAGGAACUCUAAGGUUAGUACAUCCCAGAGAAAAGGAGACCUGAUAGUAGAACUGCUUCUCUUUUCACACGCUUAAAAAUACCCUUCUCACCCUGGCCCAAACUUGUUCCAAAUAGGAGGCAAGAAGUCAGCUCUUCUUCGCUACCGUGCUCUGAGCUCUCAGACUCUCUCACUUGUUUCUAGACCAUUGGACUGCUCCGUCUGAAAGGCGGCAGGUCAGCACAGUACCCAAAGCACCAUUACAACCACAGUGCUUUACCCACUAGAGCUCAGAAAGUAGCUUCUGGUCAGUAAUCCCAAGUCCUUGGCCUCAGAGCUGCUCUCAGCCACACAUGAAGGGAGAGGAGCACUUUUAAGUUUGACCCUUUCAGUUAGAAGCUUCUAAAGAGCAGCUCUCUCUCACUUAGACUGACUUCUCUUAGAUGCUGUUGCCAAUUUCAUAGGGAGGCACCUCAUUCUCAGCCCUGAGUCUGGGUAACACAGAUGCUUCCAUCUUUGACCUAGACCUGGACUCCUGAAGAACAUACCUAGCUUGACAUGUGCAUAACAUUGUAGUUUCCAAGCCACUUGGGGAACUGGUCAGUACUGGCCUGCUGUAUGGAAGAGAACUGGAGAUUCACCACUGCUAGGAAGGACUCAUCAAAAGCCUAGAAAGCCACCAGAAUGAGAAAUUCCCAGAAACACCACAAGUCACAUAAAUUGAAAGGUGCACAUCUGACCCAUCUUCAAAACUUGGAAGCAUGUGUAGGACAAAUCUGAACUGUAUGAGAUUGUUUUUGCUCCAACUCUCAUCCAGCAUAUCAACAGAGAGGUACACCUCUUGCUGGUCCAUCAAGUUACACAGUCUCUCCUUUGAUCUGUUCUACACAAUUAAGAAACUGUUUUGUAACAAAAUGAGGUAUCUUGAGUUCUAGUGCUUCAAGCAUUCGGAAAAUCAAGCCAAACAAGCAAACAAAAAGCCCUAUUUUCAUCUCUCAACUGAUGUAACUUUAAACUAAGUAGAAUCAGUCACUGAGCAAGAAGUUCUUAAACUCAGACCUCAAAACCACAAGACAACCCUACUGAGAUGGACUAGGGCUCCUGAAGCAGCUACUUCUGUUCCACUGAACUGGCUGUCAAAAAUGAAAGGAGGGGGAAAAAACCAACAAACCCUAAAGAAAAAAUCGUCAGAAUGAAGAGGAAAAAACUUUAGAUCAAAAGCAAAUACAGUUCAAUUGCAGUGCAAAAAAAAUGCACGCACAGGUGUGGUUCCGCCCCGUUCUGGGUUCCGUCCGUGGUCUCCCAGGUCCAUUGAUCUCUGUGGAACCACCAUGAGGUCACAAUGAGUCACUGUUGCAUUGAUGUUAGCACAUUCACACUGGCAGUCCUUGCCUGGACUCUGAUCUCGCAGGUUGUCUGCAGCCUUCAAGCAGCAUUUGGUGACGUGAAGGCUAAUUUCCAGCAGUUAGAGUGAGCAGUGAGCAGUGAAUUCUCAAAGCGGGGAUUACCUGUCCAAGGUAAUUACCUGUCUUCCGCCUCCUCACAAGUCAGAGGAGCAGCUGAAGCAGCUGAGAUAUUUGAGCCAGGUAGGCAGCCGUGUGGCAUUCACUUUCCUUCUGUUCCCACCAAAAUCUUGUAAAGCAUAAGAAAGGACAGUUUGGACAUUAACAGAGAUUUGGUUAAUAAUUUCAGAAAAUGGGAUUCCCAAAGUGAGGGAAAAGGUGGGAGAUGAGAAGUGCCACGAUGCUCUGACAAGUCUUACUGGCUCAUGGGACUGCACCCAAAGCAAAAGGCUGCUAUGUUUCAGGGUCUAUUUGUCCUGGGCUUUGACUUCUUUGAACCUAGACUCAGCCACUUAAAUAUGGUCUCAUGAUGAAUCAGGGUGGGGUGGCCUUAUGUUCUUCACUUCUGAAGGAUGCCACAGCCUGGAGACAGCAAUGUAUCCUUUGGGUCUGCCUCGAAUGGGAGUGUGGACUUUCAGAGUUCCAUUGUUGCUCUUUCCAGGUGAGCCAAGACAUUCUCCAGAAUGGCCUCUGGAUUCCAGGGCAGAGGAGCGGAACCUCGCACUCGACUGCUGGCCAGAGAGGCAGAGAAACCUCUUACUCUGACCCCCUCUGCCUUCCAGAAGGAGAUGUCUCUCACCACCAAGCAGAGGCUGGCCAGAGCUAAGAAGUUGCGUCUGCCUCCAAUUGUCCAGCGUCUGCCUCCAAUUGUCCAGCGUCUGCCUCCAAUUGGCCAGCCUCAAGACAAGCAUGAGAGCUCCCAUCACAAGGUCUCAGCAGCUGGCCCAAAGCAGAGCAUACUUCUGCCUUGCCCACCAGAGGUGGUGUUUCAGAAUUACACCCCUGGGGAGGUCUAUGAAGUACCAGUGGUUCUGAGGAACAGGGACAAGGUUCCUCAUCUGGUGAAGGUCACCUUGGAGAGCUCACUUUAUUUCCAGCUGGUGGGCCCCAAUGAUGCUUUCCGCAAGGUGCCACCGGGCCUCUUUACGACUGUCCGCAUCGUCUUCACCCCUGGGCAGAACAAGGAUUAUUUCCACCGGCUCCUCUGCAUCACUGAAAUGGAAGAGUUCAUUGUGCCAAUUCGGGCCAUUGGUACCCGAGCCCUCCUGGAUUUCCCUGACCAGCUGGACUUCUCGCAGUGCCCCGUCAAGUACAGCACCGAGAAGACACUGCUGGUUCGCAAUACUGGUAACCAGGAAGCUCAUUACCAGCUGAGCACCCAGAGCCCUUUCUCUGUCAUUCCGGCCAUGGGAACUCUGGGCGUGGGCGACAGCAUGCAGGUGACAGUGGAAUUUCUGCCACUGAGGACUGGUGACUUCUCCGCGUCCCUUGUCGUGCACUACGACACAGGUGAAGACACCCACACAAGCCUUCUUGGAAGAGCUGUGGAUUUGCACAUCAAGCUGGACAGGAAUACUGUGACACUUGAGGAGACGUACAUCACACUGUCAAACCGCGCAACCGUGCUCAUCCACAACCUGAGUGAUAUCACAGCGUGCUUCCAGUGGAAGGCUGUCGGUACUCAGGGAGAGGAGGAUCAGCUGAAACUCAGGCAGUAUCACAGGCUGUGUCAGCAGAAAAAGGACGAGUUGUCUGAUUUUCUGAAGGAGUGUGAAGUGGACAUCACUGGCCAAGAACGCUUUGCUCUUCUCACCCGCAGCCUCCAGAGUGAGAGGGCAAAGGUGAGAGAAGAUGCCAUGCUGUUCUGCAAUGACAUUUUCUCCCUUGAGCCAAAGGAGGGUGAGAUCAGGCCGCAUUGCUCGGCUGAAAUCAGCGUGUUCUUUAAGCCCCAGGAGGCCCGGGUCUAUAAGCAAGCAGUUUACUGCGACAUCUCAGGUCGUGAGAACAGGCUGCCACUGCACCUCACAGGGGAAGGCCUCGGGCCCCAGCUCCGCUUCAGCUUUGAGGAACUGCAUGUCGUCGGGGUUUUGGUCAGAGCAACCCACAGAUAUGAGGCCACCCUGUUCAACAAGGGGCCUAUUAAGGCUCCCUUCAGCCUCCUCCCUCCAACCACAGCCAUGGGCUCCUGCUUCACCUUCCUGCCUCAGGAGGGCAUCGUGGCACCGGGCAGUCUCCAGGCCAUCCAGAUCUUCUUCUGUCCCACCAUGCUGGGGGAGUUCCAGGAAGAAUUCCGGUUCCAUGUGACUGGAUCCCCUAAACCCGUGACCUUGACUAUCAGGGGCUGCGUCAAGGGACCGACUUUCCAUUUUAAUGUGCCCGCCCUCCACUUUGGUGACGUCUCCUUUGGUGAGUGUGCCCUGGGCUCGCGCCCGAGUGUGAGCGCUUUGUGUGUUGCUGGAAUGGAGCACUUGAACAUAAUCCCUCCACCACAACCUCUUCAGGGUGUUAAUCCCAAGGCUGCCGGUGCCUCAGGUACCCUUUUGCCAUCGUGAGAUCAAACAGGACCAAAGGA